ACUCCGCGAGCUUCAAGUGGCUGCGGGCAGACCCAAUAAGAGCUUUCAGCACCUCCCCUUGGAAACACAAAAAGAAAGUCUGGUUACAAACCUUUGGAUCCGUCGGGGAAGGAGAAGGGGAAAAAAAAAAUUGGCACAUGACAGCCCUGUAUAUAAAGCCUUAACAAGCCCAGCGCCUUUUGGAGAACCCAGGUGCUGGGCGCGCGGGGGGGUGGCGGAAGACCCGGAGGCGGCGGAGAAGGGGAAGGAGGAGAAGGAGAAGGAGAAAGAGAAGAAGGAGAAGAAGAAGGAGGAGGAGGAGAAGGAGGAGGAGAAGAAGAAGGAGAAGAAGAGGGCGAAGGAGAAGGAGCAAGAAGCGAAGAUGCUUCUUUAAAAGCCGGGCAAGGAACCGGAGGGCGGAACGGGCGCCGGUCGGGACUCCGGACCUACGCGGAGACUCUGCCUUCCGCCGGGCGGAUGCGCAAGUGACCUCGCCGCCCAGGCGAAGCCAGAUCUUCCUCCGGGCUGGGCGAGCCAUGCCGCCUCUCUUGCGGGGUUCCUUCUGGCUGUGCCUGGCUCUGCUGCCCGGCUUGGGCGUUGCGAUGCCGACGGAGAUCGUGAUUCCCAUCCGCCUGGAUCCGGAUCUCAACGGGCGGCAGUACUUCCAGCGGGGGGCCGAGGAACCCCCCCAGCCAGGGGCCAUCUUCCAGAUCACCGCCUUCCAGGAGGAUUUCUACUUGAACCUGAGCCCGGAUGCCCAGUUCUUGGCGCCCGCCUUCGCCACCCGUUACCUGGGCUCCCCGCGGAGGGCUGAGCACCGGGACUUGCGCCGCUGCUUCUACUCCGGCGAUGUCAACUCGGAUCGGGACUCCUUCGCCGCCCUGAGCCUCUGCGGAGGGCUGACCGGCGCCUUCGGCUACCGCGGGGCCGAGUAUCUCAUCAGCCCGGUCCGCAACGCCAGCGCCACCGAGGGCGGCGGCGGGGCGCUGCGCAACAGCCAAGGGGCGCACCUGUUGCAGCGGCGGAGCGCGCCUCGCCACGCCGCGGCCACUUCUCGCUGCGGGGUGGAUUCGGCCUCCCACCCGGCUUUGGUGCAAGCCCUAGAGAAGUACAAGGGCUCCGGGUCCGGAGGGGCCAAGCCGGGCCAGAACGAGACGGGCCGGGGGAUGCCCUCGGGGGCCAGGAAGAGCGGCCGCGCCAAGCGCUUCGUCUCCAUCCCCAGGUACGUGGAGACUCUGGUGGUGGCCGACGAGUCCAUGGUCAAGUUCCACGGCGAUGACCUCCAGCACUACCUGCUGACCCUCAUGGCCACGGCCGCCCGGCUCUACCGGCACCCCAGCAUCCAGAACCCCAUCAAUCUGGCGGUGGUCCACUUCAUGGUCAUCGGGCAAGACGACAAGGGGCCCAAAGUGACGGGCAACGCGGCGCUGACUUUGCGCAACUUCUGCGUCUGGCAGAAGAAGUGGAACAAGGGCAGCGACAAGCACCCCGAGUAUUGGGACACCGCCAUCCUCUUCACCAAACAGGAUUUGUGUGGGGCUACCACCUGUGACACCCUGGGAAUGGCGGAUGUCGGCACCAUGUGUGACCCCAAACGCAGUUGCUCCGUCAUUGAGGACGAUGGUCUUCCUUCUGCUUUUACUACAGCUCAUGAGCUAGGACAUGUGUUCAACAUGCCCCAUGAUAACGUGAAGGCUUGUGAAGAAGUCUUUGGCAAACUGAAGACCAACCAUAUGAUGUCUCCCACUCUCAUCCAAAUUGACCGUAUCAACCCAUGGUCACCUUGUAGUACGGCCAUCAUCACUGACUUCCUGGACAGCGGACAUGGUGAUUGCCUCUUGGACCAACCCACCAAGCCGAUCUCCUUGCCUCAAGAGCUUCCCGGUUCCAUGUACAAUCUCAAUCAGCAGUGUGAGCUGGCCUUUGGCAUUGGCUCCAAGCCUUGCCCGUACAUGCAAUACUGCACCAAGCUUUGGUGCACCGGGAAGGCUCGCGGUCACAUCAUGUGCCAGACCCGUCACUUCCCUUGGGCUGAUGGCACCAGCUGUGGAGAAGGGAGGUUCUGCAUGAAAGGUGUCUGUGUCGAGAGGCAUAACAUCAGUAAGUACCGGGUGGAUGGCAACUGGGGAAAGUGGGCACCUUAUGGAUCCUGUUCGAGGACGUGCGGUGGAGGUGUCCAGUUGGCGAAACGUCAAUGCAACAAUCCCCCUCCAGCCAAUGAAGGGAAGUAUUGCGAAGGCGUUCGAGUUAAAUAUCGCUCCUGCGGUUUGGAUCCCUGCUUUGCUUCAGUUCCAGGGAAGAGUUUCCGGGAAGAACAAUGUGAGGCUUUCAAUGGCUACAACCACAGCACAAAUCGGCUCACUGCCAUUGUUUCUUGGGUCCCCAAAUAUUCUGGGGUGUCUCCCCGGGAUAAGUGCAAACUCAUCUGUCGAGCCAAUGGAACUGGCUACUUUUAUGUUUUAGCCCCAAAGGUGGUGGACGGUACACCGUGUUCUCCAGACUCGAGUUCGCUAUGCGUCCAGGGGAAAUGUAUCAAAGCUGGGUGCGAUGGGAAACUUGGCUCCAAAAAGAAAUUUGACAAGUGCGGCGUGUGUGGAGGAGACAACAAAAGCUGCAAAAAAGUUUCAGGCUUGUUCACCAAACCCAUGCAUGGCUACAACUUUGUGGUGCUCCUCCCAGCUGGUGCCUCCAGCAUUGACAUCCGUCAGAGAGGCUACAAGGGUUUGAUUAGUGAUGACAAUUACCUGGCCUUGAAGAAUGCACAUGGCAAAUAUCUUCUGAAUGGACAUUUCAUUGUCUCUGCGGUGGAAAGGGACUUUAUAGUCAAGGGCAGUGUGAUCCGCUAUAGUGGAACAGGUACAGCAGUGGAAAGUCUCCAGGCCUUUAUGCCCAUCCAGGAACCCCUGACGGUGGAAGUGCUAUCAGUUGGGAAGAUGACGCCACCUCGAGUACGCUACUCCUUCUACUUGCCCAAAGAAAGCAAAGAGGACAAGUCUUCCUACCACCGUAAAGAUGGGAAGCGUCCUCCGGUCCUCAACAACAGUAUUCUCAGCCUGUCCAACCGCCUGGACCUGGGUCAGCUGGAUUACAAACGCCCCGCUUACAAAUGGGCUACCACCAACUGGGAAGACUGUUCGGUCACUUGCGGCAACGGUCUGCAGAAACGCAUGGUGCUGUGUCGCGAUGCCCUUGGCCAGCUGGCCUCCUCUUGCGAUACCACUCAGAGGCCUGUUGACAUCAGGAUAUGCGGAGAUCCAUGCCCAACUUGGGAGGCAUCUCCCUGGUCCUCGUGCUCCAAAACUUGUGGCAGGGGGUUUAAAAGGCGCAUACUGAGAUGCACAGGGAGGGGCGGCACCCUGCUGCCCCGCGAACGCUGCAACCUCAGGAAGAAACCACAAGAGUUGGACUUCUGCAGCCUGAGACCUUGCUGAUCAGGCUAAUUGACCAAAGGCAAAUGUGCUACUUUCUGACUCUCGGUGAUCAAGUGGCUGAAAGUGUAAAAAUAGCCUCUGGGGGGAGGGAGUGGGAUCCAGCUGAGUCGAAGGAGGUCCGCUACAUAGUGCAUUUUGACCAAGGACAUUCUAAGAGGGGGGAGAAGAAGAGUACCAAUAAGAAGGGGGCUUGAUAGAGGUUUUGACCAUCUUAGUCACUUAGUAGUAAAGCAGAAGUAAACAACUACCUCGAAAUUGCCCAAACCUCCUAGAUGUUAUCACCAUUCAGCCAUGUAUUCUGUGGCCCUGAAGGAGAAGGCAAGGUCAGAACUGAAAAGCAGCACUAUCUUGAGAUGGACCAAAGACAAGGAAGGCGAUUCCUUAGAGCCAUGGCUCUAAAUCCUUUCCAAAAUAAUAAUAAUAAUAAUAAAAAGAUCUAAAAUAUAAAAGGGACUCUUAUGACCACCCACCUCCUCCUUCAACUCCUAGGGUUAUAGUGGACCAUAAGGAAGUACCAUUGAACCUAGAACAAAGGAAUUGUCAGACUUCCAUGAGCAUAACAUGGUACCCCUAAGAAAGUGAUCUCCUAGCUCUGAUGGAAUUGCAGACUCUCUAGACUGAUACGGGGUUCAUACUUCUGUGCAGGACUAAUAACCAGUCACUGAUUGGUAGCUACCAAUUAACGUUUAUGAGCAAAUUACAUUUUAAUGGUGCUGGACCAAAUUGCCUCUGAAGUGUUGGCUUUGCCUGCUUCUCAUGGUUCGUGCCAAGAGAUCUACCAUGUUGGGUAAGGUCGAGCUGCAUCUUAUGUUGCUUAGUGAGCAGGAACGCGUCUUUCGUCUUUUCUUCCCUGCUUUUGUUAUUUAAGCCCACAUAUCUUCCAGAGUCACUGUUUCAUGUUAGAAUUCGCCCAGUGGGGAAAUCCAAUUUAUUUUUACUACCAGUUUUGUGGGCGUGGCUUGGUGGACAUGGUGUCGCUUGGUGGGCAUGGCUUGGUGGGCGUGGCAGGGGAAGGAUACUGCAAAAUCUCCAUUCCCUACCCACUCCUGGGGGAAGGAUAUUGCAAAAUCUCCAUUCCCACCCCACUCUGGGGCCAGGCAGAGGUGGUAUUUGCCGGUUCUCCGAACAGCUAAAAAUUUCCGCUACCGGUUCUCCAGAACGUGCUGGAUUUCAUCCCUGAAUUCUCCCAUCCACAAUACAUCUGCAAAAUACACAUCAACACCUGUAAGAGUAACAGAGUUGGGAGGGACCUUGGAGGUCAUCUUGUCCAACUCCGUUGGAUUUUGGAUUCAGGCCAGGCUAGCUUGGUAUGAAAAAAAUAUGAAAAGGGGAUGAACAUGAUUCUCCCAGGAUGAUUCGCUGGAGUACUUGAACAAGUAAGGGAGAAAGUAUAGUUGUAAGUAAUGCCCAACUAAUCAAAGAGAGAAUCAACCUAGAACUAAGGAGAAAUUUCCUGACAAUUAGAACAAUUAAUCAGUGGAACGAUUUGCCUCCAGAAGUUAUAAAUGCUCCAACACUGGAAGUUUUUAAGAAGAGAUUGGACAACCAUUUGUCUGAAGUGGUUGUAGGGUUUCCUGCCUAGGAAGGGGGUUGGACUAGAAGACCUCCAAGGUCCCUUCCAACUCUGUUAUUCUGUUAGAUUGACCAACAAUCUUAUCUGUAAUACAGAAGCAGCCUCUGUCAUCCUGUGCUGAAAACCUAUUAUGGUGAUAUUGCACCUAAAUGUUUCCUAUAUAAAUUCUGUAAACUAAAAUUGAAUUGUUAGAAUAGCUGUUGUUUUGCAACCUGGGGAGUAUGUGAAAAAAUAUAGUUCCCAUCUCAUGAAAAGCAGAAUAUUCCUGGAUAUUAUAGACAUCUUAAAGGGUAGUAUUUGGUGCGUACCUUCCCAUAAGAUAGACCAGGUGGGAAUGCAGUCCUAUCAGUGGUGGGAUUAAUUCAUUUUUUACUACCGGUUCUGUAGGCGUGGCUUGGUGGGCUUGGUAUGGCUUGGUGGGCAUGGCAGGGGAAGGAUACUGUAAAAUCUUCAUUCCCACCCUACUCCAGGGGAAGGUUACUGCAAAAUCCCCAUUUUCUCCCCACUCCUGGGGGAAAGAUAUUGCAAAAUCCCCAUUUCCUCCUGAUCAGCUAGGACUCGGGAGGCAGAGAAUAGAUGGGGGCGGGGCCAGUCAGAAAUGGUAUUUGCCGGUUCUCCGAACUACUCAAAAUUUCCACUAUUGGUUCUCCAGAAUUGGUCAGAAUCUGCUGAAUACCACCUCUGAGUCCUAUAGCUCAUCCUAAGGCAAAGCAGGACAGGACAAAUGAUACGUGAAGUGAAACUAUAUCCAGAGUCAAGGGCCCGUGUAAUCUUAGGGUUGUUGGUUUAGGAGGCAGUCUCUACAUCUUCCUUUGGGGACACCAGACAAUAUUCUUAGGCAGCUGCCAGGAUUUCUUAUAGCAAUCAUUAUAUUAGCCUUUGGCGAUCUAAGGACAAAUUAAUAGGCUAUUCCUAUUAUCUGCAGGUGAAAACAGCCGUUGACAAUGCUCCAGAAGACAGUCCAAUUUCCAUGUGAAAGAGAAUAGACAUGUCUAUGUUGUUUGUGUCAGUGAUCAUUCUUUUACAGCUGCUCUCCAUGCCUUCCAAGAGAGUUUGAAUUCUGAGGUAAAAUGCAUUGGAGCUUUGAACUACAGAUGCCCUUUGAAACCUUCAGGAGAAAGCCAUCACAGUGGAAUAUCAGAUAACACUUAACAAGUCCUGAAAUGGAAGAACUUUGGCCUUAGGGAGUUUUCAUCCCUUAAUGUUUUGGUCCUGGAUUUAUUUCAAGCGAAGCCUGAUCCUUGAUGGCAACCCCAACAAGCAUCACUGUUUGUGUUUCCACAUCCUGUGGGUUUGAUAUCUGUGGAUUCUCUAACAGUAGUAAGCAUCCCCCACCCCCACCCCAAAAUGCACACGUUGAAGUCUGGAGUAGAAAUAAAAAACCAAAGUCUUCUCUAGUCUCCAAUGUGUAUCUUGGUGAAAGACAAGUUAUGCUAGAGCUUCUAAAUCUUUAAAUUCUUCCUCCAGGUUUUUCACGCCUUCCCCAAAAAUAAUCACGGGCUUCUUUUCAGCCGCAUGUAGUGAAGAGAGGAACUGGGGUUUUCGAAAUGGUGCUUCUGAUAAUGAGGUUUUUUUUUGUUUUCUAUUUUUGAAUAGGAUUUCUAUUUACAAAAAACAGGACCAUUCCUCUCUCUCUCUCUCCUUCAAGAAUGUUUACAAGUUUUUUUUUUUUAAAGAACUGUGUUAUACUCACAAAACCAUGAGCAAAGAUAACGGGGGCUUAUGUUCUACGAGGCCAUAUCCAAAUCUGUUGAAAUGGCUCCAUGGAAACCAAUAGAUUUAUUUUAGAGAAGCAGAAUUAGACCAGUGGUGAGAUUCAGCCAGUUCGCACCUAUUCGGGAGAACCGGUUGUUAACUUUCUAAGCAGUUUGGAGAACCGGUUGUUGGAAGAAAUCUCAUUUUGUUUUUUUCCCACUUUACAGGGCUAAUCCUGUAAGGAAGGUAGGAAGGAAACAUUCUGGUGGUGUUUCUAGCCUGAUCUUUAUUGCCCUGCUUACAGAAACUGCCUCUCUGCUUAGCCCUUAUUACAUUGUAACAGCUAAGGCGAAGCGCCCAUUGAUGUGAGUGACAUGGAGUUGGCCAUGCCCACAUGAUCACAUGACCACCGAGCCAUGCCUACCCAGCUGGUCAUUAGGGCAGAGAACCGGUUGUUAAAUUAUUUGAAUCCCACCACUGAAUUAGACCUUUUAUGGGAGGGCUUCUCCUGACCUUUUAGAUCCGUGAUGGCGAACCUAGGGAAUGCGUGCCCGAAGUGGCACAUGGAGCCAUGUCGCUUGGCAUGUAAGGUGUUGAACAUUCCUCUUCUGGGUUUCUGGCGUGCAUGCGCAUGCGACGAUCAGCUGGCCUUUUUCAUUUGGUAGUGCCAGAAACUAGAAGACCCGAAAAGGUUCGCCAUCACUGUUUUAAGAUGGUAGAAAGAAGAAUUAUGAAGAUUCAUUGGCCAAUAGUGUAGUGUGUAGAAUGGUAAAUUUCUGGACUGGACAGAAUUUUUUGUUGUUGUCCUUCUUCUCUAGUGGUACUGUAAUUCCAAGGUGCUUGACUGCUGUUAUUUCUAGACCUUUGUAUAGAAUUUAGGUAAAAAUGUUUUUGAAGGGUUUAAAAUUAAUCUGUGGAGUCCAAACCAACAGAUUAAUUUCUCAUGCUUCCAGCACACACUUUUAUGUGAAAGCAUUCAGAUUGAAAAUAUCAACCCUGUUACAUUUAAGAAGUUCUUUGAAAUUUUAUCAAUUUAAUGAUCAUUUUCCGAGGGAAUUCAGCUACUUUCUAAAAAUUAACUAUCUGAUUUUACUAAAAAAAAAAAAAGGGGGGGGGGGAGGCUAUGGCACGAACUUGAGCAAGGUUGCUAUUGGUGCAGACUUGAGUUCAUUGCUCUUGGGUUUUUUUCCCCCCCGUUUCUUUUGACAGCUAACCUGGUAUAAAUAUAUGUUUUUUGGUAUGGAUAUGUCCUUGAGUAUGUUAAUAAUUCCAGUGGGUCUCUAGGGAUGAGAAAUUCCAGAAAGUACUAUCUGUCCGCUGUAAAUGUCCGCUAAAUAGGAAAGUAAGGUUGCGUAACAGGUUGGCUUUAAAACCCGUUUCAGAGCUUCUUCUUCUUCUUUUUUUUAUUUAGAUGUCACUUGUCAAAUUUGCAGCUGGUCUUGGUCACUAUUACUUGGUUAUUCAAUUGGCUCCUGGGGCAUAAUCAAUCAUGGCCUGUCUCUAUGUGUCAUGCUGGUUAUGACACACUUCCACAUGCAAAGGAAGCAUGAGUCACUGAAUAUUUAUGGGAACAUGGGGCUGUGGGACCAGUUGGUGUGGUGGACUUCUUCCAGCGAUGGCUGUUCUAAGGCUCUGAGCGUCAGAUGCUUAAAGAACAAUGUCAAAGAUUCUGAGGCCUAACUAAUCUUCCAGAUAGAUGUAUUGGCUCCCACCAGCUCAUAAAAAUUCACACUUCCUCUUAUUGUCAAGUCGGUUUCUGGUUCUGAUUACACCACAAGCUUUUGUCCAUUUUAAUUUUUUUUUUAUGAUCCUGCCAAGGCUUUCUCUAAACGAUUCCGGAGUCGGUAGGGUAAAGAGACAUUGUGAAAUCCAUUGCUCCCAUUAUUUAGAGAAAAGGGGGAUGACUAAAUCCAUUUAAUUCUAUGGUGUACAAUUAUCUCUAAGGAAAGCAAACGGCAGACGGUGGAAGGCGACCGUCUUCCUCCUAUAAAUAUGGCGUGCGUACUUGUGUUUGUGUGUAUGUGGACUGUUUAAGAAUCCUAGGAAUUGUAGUUUGGCAAGGGUAAUGAGAAAUGUCAGUAAGAAGUUACAGUUCUCCACACAAACAGCUAUGUUUCCCAAGUUCUCUUGGGGAGAAGAAACAGCUGUUCAACUAAUUUAGGUUUCUAGUUAUGUCCACCAACUCAACUGUUUUGUCUUUCCUUGUCCCAAAAGCUUUGCAGAUGUGUUUAUAUUUGGGGGGAGGUUCAAAUGCUAAACGAUUUCUUCACACAAAUACCCUGCCUAUUAUACACCUGAAUCACGAUGUAAUUAUUGUUCGCAGAGGGAUCUCGUUUCUUUAGAUUGAUAAAUGUGUCAGUGUCAAAGAUUUUGCCCUUAUCACUCAUCUUGUAAAAAUGUAGGCAUCUAUUUUCCCUGGUUAAGAUGAGUUGUGAUUACAUUCCAUUUUGUCUGUGGAAAUCCUUAGUCAUCUAGGUCAUGGUUGUCCCAAAAGUUGUUUUUCAAAAGGCAAUUGGACUUUGUUUUUUUUUUCCUUGAAGACAUUUCACUUCUCAUCCAAGAAGCUUCUUCAAUUCUGACUCGAACAGAAGAAGCUUCUUGGAUGGAGAAAGGAAACGUCUUCAAGGAAAAACAAAGUCCCAGUUGCCUUUUGAAGAAAGCAUCUUUGGGGACAUUCCAUUCCAUCGAAUUCUGAAAUUUGGAAUUCAGGGCUGAAGAGCCAAAAGAGUUUGAGAAAAUCUUAAAUAUUAAAAAAAAAAUAGGGGGGAAUAUCCUACAAUGCAAAUAUAGAUUAAGCACAGACCUCAAGCGGAAUGUUGAUUCCGCCAGGACGGAUCUGAUUGGAUGUUUUUAAAGAUUUCUCCUCCCCUUUUAUUCAUGGAUUGGCCUAUCAUGUUUCUCCCCUUUUAUUCAUGGAUUGGCUUCUCAUUGCCUUAAACUUUUCACUUCCACAACAGUUGCGUCUCGUUAAACUAUAUAGCACUGAAGUCCUUGUGUUGGUUCUGGUGAUAUUGGGGAGAGGACUGCUUUUAAUUGUAUGUGGGUUUUAAAUAGUUCUUUUGCAAAAUAUACAGCAAAAGGAUGGAAAUGCCUCUGGUACUGGGUGCUUGGUGUAUACCAUGUAUACUGUAUGUCAGUUUUUUGCUAUUUGUGUGUCAGUGGCAAACCUGAAAUAAAAAUGGUUAAAUAUUUAAA